AGUUAUGCGACGAAGUAGCACAGUCGAAUCUAGAGGAGUGUCAAAUGUAUUUUGAUUCAAUAUGGCGGAAGAAAGUUGUUCCAGAUGAAACAAACAGAAAAGAGUUGAAUUUUUUACAUCUGAGUAACAGGAUGGUGACGCUGAUGGUAAAGGCAGGUGAAGAACUGAUAGGAUGUAUCCCCAAAUAUGAGUAAAAGUAGACAUGAUGCUCGGAAAGAAAACAACAUGCCAACAACUAAUAAGAAAUCUUUGGAAUACCCCUGCCAGAAUGGAGCUCAAAGUCCAGUGAGUCAGCACUCGAGUGAAAGUGAAAAAUCAUCUCCCGAUUCAUCAGAAAACCAAAGAGAGAAAAAUAAUGGCCCAGGUAUUUACAGAGAUGGUCGAAUUAAUUUAGUCAAUGGUCGUAGUCCCAAUUUAAAUGGACCUGUAAAUGGAUAUUUGCAUGAAGACAGGGAAAACUUGAGAUCAUCUAGUACUAUUAAUAGCUGUCCAGGUGGGGUCAGUGCUCAAGCUCGUCCUGAAGUUGUCGUAAACUGUACUCACUGUAGUGAAUUUGUCAAACCACCGCUAGUAAAUGGUUUACAGAACAGGAAAAAUUCACCUAAAGCAAACAGACCCAAGUCUAUGUCAUGGAGUCGUGUUGUCAAACAGAGACGAGAUCGAAGAGAGCAAGAGAAGAAAGUGGGCUCAAAUUCAAAGAGAGAAAAAUACAUUUACCCAGAACUUGGUUCAAGUUCAGAUGACUCAUGUGAUUGCUUUAGCUCUCCAGAGAAAUUAGAAUUCCAUAGAAAUGAGGUUGGAUCUUCAUCAGAAUCUGACGGUGAUGACAAGGAAUACUCAUCUAGAAGAAGGAGCUUUCAUUCUAAGCCAAAUGUACCCUGCACAACUAAUGAACAAGUUUCUUUCACAAAUGGACAUCAUGAACAAGUUCAAAAUAUCAAUUUGCCUCCUAGGUUUGAAGACAUGCCAAUAUCUGCUCCUUUAGCAGUGCCAGAAGACAGUGAUGGAUCUUCCCAAAAUUCUGGUUGUGAUUCAAAUGAUAGAGAAACUGAGACAGUGUCAAAAGAAAAUCAGGCAACUGCUAAUGAGAGUCAAAAUGAAAACAAAACCAGUGAUGAUGAACAAGGUAUAAUUGGAGAAAACAUGCUUGAAGUUGAGGAACAAGUUGAAGAAGUUUUUACACACUUAUCUAGUUCAGAAAGUCUUGAAGAAAUUGCAGAUGAAGACAAUUCCUCAGAAAUCCAGGAAAACAGUGGUGGUGUUUUAGUAGCGGAGGCAACCGCACAAUCUAGUUCUGAAAGUUUAGAUGAAAUUGGAGACUACAUAGAAACAGAUUUUCCAUCUCGGGCUAGUCGUCAUAUGUUUGCAUCCAGUUCAGAACAUUCUUCUACAUCCAGUGAAGAAGAUGAGGGGUAUGGUGUGAAUGAAGAAAAGGGUUCUCGUGAUGCAGAAGCUGGGAGGACUCCCUCAAGUCCAUCUCAUCAUAACCAAGAGAAUGGAGUACCACAAGAAAAUGACCCCCAUAGUCCACUAUCUUGCCAGAACCUUCAGGAGUUCAAUAAACAAAGUGUCUCUGCUGCCUCCCCUGCUUCUGUGUGUGAUGAUCUAGAAACUCCUCACUUGGACUCCUUUGCUGAUGUGACUGCAAAUUUAAGAUACAUGGAAAACCAAUCUUAUAGCAAUGCACAUGUCUGUAGACCCAAGUAUAUUGCUAAAAAUAAUGGAGAUAGCAUGGACAAGCCAGGGUCAGACUUUUCUUUUAUGUACUCGCCGGAAACAGAUUUUUUAGAUUCUGUGGAAUCAGAUGUGCCAACGUCUGCAACCAGUUUGCAACCAGUGUUCCGUUUCGGUCAAGAUCUAGAUAGUCCUAGUAUUUUACACCAAAGAAACAGUGAGAGGAAUUCCUCGGAGUUCUGUAUGUAUGAUCCGUUGGAUUAUGCUUCCAAUGACUUACGCGGUGCUGAGGGAGGGGUGACAAACGAUCUGAGCAUGAGAAGACAUUCAUUUGAGUUCGAUGACGUAGAGUGCAAUAUGGAGUCUUAUGAUCCACACCUGUGUGUAGAUGAUAAUGAACAUUUUAACUAUCUAGAUACCUAUAAACAUGAAAAAGUGCUGCAAGCCAACUUUCAGAACUCUGAAAGCAAUAGGCAAGAGAAGGUGUUUUUUAAAGCAUUAGAAAAAGAGAACAGGUCUACGGCUCACUGUGAUUCGUCGGACGAGGAGGAAAACUUAAGUUUCCGUCUCCGAAGGGAACAUCUUGGUAAUGCACAGUUAGGACAUUAUCCUCUGGAGAAUGGACAUUGUAUGGUGCUGGAAGAUUUGGAGAAUCCGACGCAUGCCGUUAGAAAUGCAGUCAUUAUGCCUUUACCCAAUAAACUGGAUGAAUCGUCAGGGGAGAGCUCAGAAGAUCCUAUUUAUGAAGAUAUAGACAGUCUGGAAGCGUCUUUGUCAUGCCUAGAUAACCUACAUGCAGUACAAGAAGAAAAUUCCUGUGAUAAUAAUACUAAGGUGAUGUGCAAGUUUGACAGGCGUCGUAGACGUGGACGUCGGCCAGUUGACGUGGAGAAGGUGAUGAUCUGGCACGAGUACGAGGCCUACCUACUACAGGUCAAACAGAUCGGGACGUCAGCGUGUGGACCUACAGCAGUGUUAACAGUCCUGAAAGCCUUCGAUUAUCAAGUUGAUAAGGAAGAAGUGAGUAAAAAGAUUGUCACCAACACCAGAAUGGAGACUGCUCCCAUCAGCUACUAUUUGUUUUCUAGAUCAGUGGCAGGUACAACUGCACUACAGUUGAUAGACGGUGUUCAAAGUCUGACAAGGGGUACCAUACAGGGUAGAUUUUUCCAUUUCUUUCCAGCCAGGAAAGUGGAACUCCUCAAGUGGCUGGGAGGUUGGAUAAAGAAAGGUGCCGUUCCCAUAGCAACACUGAAUUUACAGAGGGGGGUGAAGCCUGGUUGGACCAUUCCUGAUGCCUGGCAUCAUCAGAUGAUUUAUGGUGUCAGCUCCAAAGGUGUGUAUUUGACAAAUCCAUUAGAAAUAGUUUCUGAAGAGACCAUUAUGGAACAGCUAACGAGUGACUCCAUUCUCCUGAUUCGACGACAAGAUGUGGUCAAUCGAUUCCGUGACUGGUCACCCCUGAAUGAUCUUAUCACCAAGAAUGACAAGAGAUGGAAUGAGAUGAAUGUUUUAGGUCAGGUGGUAAAUGUGUUGCGCGAAGCCUGUACCGCCAUGUACCAGCAGCCCACACACUACCGGGCCCAGCUUACCUCGCACAUCGCUAUCCCAGCAGCCUACAGGGCGGGCAUCACGCUGUUUGUACGACAAAAUACCGAGGUGGCUCAAGAGCUCUUCAGUGCACCAGAACUAGAAUACAAGGACUAGGCAUGCUCCCUCACCUUUGACCCCGCUCGUGUCAUCACCUUGCUAACUUGGUGCUUCUCAGCAUUAUUUUCAGGUGGCUUCAGUCUUUCCAUACUUUUUUUUUUCUUAAAAUUGAUGCAUAAAAGUGCUUUUUUCUGAAAUGUUUUAUUUUGAACACUUUUACGACAAAAGCAAGUUAACUUCCUUAGACUUGCACUGGUGUGUAGACUAAAAUUGUGGGGUAAUUUGAUGAUAUGUAUGUACCGGUAAAUGAAGUUACCAUCAGCAAAGAUUAAUCUUGUCAAUUUUAUUGCCUUUGUGUUUUCGCUCUAAUGGAAAACCACAGACUGAGCAAUGACAUUGAAUACACACUUAUGUCUUACAUUGUUUUCCAUGUUUUUAUUUUUGUUUUGAAUUUACAAUAACUGUUAAGUUAAUUUUAUUGCCAUGUAUUUCAUUAUGGAAGUAUGUUUUAACAAUUUUACUUGUGAUUGAAUUCCAUAUACAUGUAUUUGACAAUUGUACAUGAUCUUCUUGUUCUUUUAAAAUUGCUUGUUGAAUUAAAUCCUAUAGAAGUAAUGUGAAUUACAAUGUAGGUAUCACUGAACAUUUCACUGAAGUGACAUAAAAUUUCCACUGACAGUAGAUGGAAUAAUAAAUACAUUUGUAAUGAUCUGUUUAUAGGGAUUAUAUAUCUGUAGUUGAUAUAUUUAUUUUGUACUUCUUAAGUUCUGAUACAUGUAUAUCAAUUUCAUGAGUUAAAAAAAACUUCUCUACUUCAUAAAAAAUGGUAUUUUACAAAAUUUAGUAGGGCACUCAAAAAACCCCAACAAAUUUUAAUAUGCAUGUAAUUACUAACAGUCUUGUAAAGUAUUGAAAUAUUCCAUUUCAUGCAAUUUGCUGUUAGAUAAUGUAUACAUGUAGUAAUUUUUGGUUGAAAGGUCUGCUAUGCUAACAUACUCAUCAAAAUUUCACUGUACAUUUUAACCUGUUGAUGAUUGGAAAAAAGUAUUUGAGGAGUAAGAUGUCAUAUAUUUAGUACUAUUUUAUUUUGACUGAGCAACCAGUUAUACAAAUUAAAGUACUACCUAGUGCAACUCGUUUAAGUACAGAAAAUUGUGGAUUUUUUAAAAUUUUCCGUAUAAAAGAGUCUGUUAUUUUUUAUUCUAUGUAAUCUUGUUAAAGAAAUAUGUAGUUUUCUACUUAUUAGGUUGUUUGUGGUAUAUUUUUUUUUCCCUCUUCCAUCCAUAUUUUUAGAGGUUUCAGACGUAAGUAAGAUGGGUGCAUAAUAAGAUUAUGUAUUUGUAUUCCUUAUUCUUAACUUGUAUUUAUGAUCAAUCAUGUACCUGCCAAUGCAAAAAAUAAAUCAUGCUAGACUUGA